AUGGCUGUCCCACCCUCUAGCAAGGCCUCCGAGUCUAAGCCGGAGAUGCCCCCGCUCGCCCCCCGGAUGUCCUACCGCAUCGGCCGCGGCGAGCAGGGCGUCCUGACCUUUGAGCCCUACAAGUCGGCCCUCCUGCCGCUGUGGCGCUUCCGCACGCCGGCCAUCGCCCGGCGCAGCGCCGACGACCUCUGGGGGCGCUUCGAGGCCUACGACGCCGCGGGGGACUUUGUGGGCAUGGACAUGGCGCGCAAGUUCAUCCAGAUGGGCAUGACGCGGGCCAAGCGCUACGCCAACCACGCCGGAGGGCGCAAGUACAGGCCCGGGUCGCGGGAGGAGCUGCCCAAGAGCGCGGCGCACGCAGACAAGGCGGAGAAAGAGGAGGCGAGCCGCACCUUCCGGGCCGUGUGGGAGCGGUGCCGUGCACACGAGGGGUACCAGAAGCGGAAGGAGGAGUUUCUGAAGGAGCAGAAGGAGUGGAUGAAGGUCAAGAAAGAAGGUGAACAGGAUGAUGCGUAG